GCGUGACAACGCUUUUUUUUUUCCGGAAAGGCACUUGUGAAGCGAGGCCCAUGUGGUUGUCAAGCGGUUUACUCACUUCGGCACUUUAGAGAGCUUUAAGUCUGCGAUUUCAGCACCUGAAUGUUCGUGAAGGACAGUUUAAGAAGAUGCUGCUAGAAGCGCUGGACGGUGAUGAGACGGUUGUGUUUGCAGCCGCUGCCGCCUCUGUACAAGUUCAGGUGGAACCUGUGGGUCGAUGGCUCGAGGCCUAUGUGAAGAGACGGAACAGAACUACGUCUGCCUCUUUCCAGGAGCUGGAGGAAGAGGAGGUUUCAUCUGAGGAGUCGGACGAUGAAGAUUUUCAGCUGCAGGAGCAUUCGUUGCUCCGCACGCUGGACCCCAAAGACUGGAAGAAUCAGGAUCACUAUGCUGUCCUCGGGCUCCCACACUUGAGGUACAAAGCCACACAGAGACAGAUCAAAGCUGCCCACAAAGCGAUUGUGUUGAAGCAUCAUCCUGACAAAAGGAAAGCAGCUGGUGAGCAGAUUGUAGAAGGAGACAACGACUACUUCACCUGUAUAACUAAAGCUAUAGAAACCCUGUCGGAUCCUGUGAAGAGAAGAGCCUUUGACAGCGUAGAUCCAACCUUUGACAACACUGUGCCGUCAAAGAACGAAGGCAAAGAAAAGUUUUUCGAAGUGUUUGCUCCAGUUUUUGAGAGAAACGCAAGAUGGUCUUCCAAAAAGCAUGUUGCCAAACUUGGCACCAUGGAGUCAUCGUUUGAAGAGGUGGAUAAUUUUUACUCUUUUUGGUACAACUUUGACUCAUGGAGGGAAUUCUCUUACCUGGAUGAAGAGGAGAAGGAAAAGGCUGAAUGUCGAGACGAGAGGAGGUGGAUUGAAAAGCAGAAUCGAGCCUCCAGAGCUCAGAGGAAGAAGGAGGAGAUGAACAGAAUACGAACACUAGUUGAUACUGCCUACAGUUAUGACCCUAGAAUAAAGAAAUUCAAAGAAGAGGAAAAAGCCCGGAAGGAGUCUGAGAAGAAGGCCAAAGUUGAAGCCAAGAGAAGAGAGCAGGAGGAGAAGGAGCGGGCCCGUCAGGCAGAGCUGGAGGUAGCUCGUUUGGCAAAGGAGAAGGAAGAAGAGGAGGCCAAACAGGUAGCUCAGCAGGCAAAGAAAGAGAAGGAUAUCCAGAAGAAGGCCAUCAAGAAGGAGAGACAGAAACUUAGGACCACCUGCAAGAACUGGAGCUACUUUGCUGACAAUGAAGCUGACAAUGUGAAAAUGAUGGAGGAGGUGGAGAAGCUCUGUGACAGACUAGAGCUCACCAGUCUGCAGUCUCUUAAUGAAAUCCUGGCCUCCGGCUCCAAAGAGGAAAGCAAGUCUGCUGUGGAGAAGCAGGUGCAAGAGGUGAACGCUCAGCUGCAGAGGGAGAGGGAGGCUGAGAUCCAGGCACGACAGGCGGCUCGCAGUGCCGAACAGGCCAGCGGUGGAGGAGGCGGUGGUGGAAAGGGCUGGAACGAGGAAGACCUCCAGCUUCUCAUUAAAGCUGUCAACCUGUUUCCUGCUGGAACCAACGCCAGAUGGGAAGUUAUCGCCAACUACAUGAACCUACACUCCACUAGUGGCAUGAAGAGGACAGCCAAAGAUGUCAUCAACAAAGCCAAGAAUCUCCAACGACUUGAUCCAGGACAGAAAGAUGAGAUCAACAAAAAAGCCUACGAGAAGUUCAAGAAGGAACACGGGUCAGUGCUACCAACCAUAGACAACGCUGUGCCCUCAGAGAGGUUUGAUGCUUCUGGUGGCGAUGGUAACGCUGCACCUUGGACCACAGAGGAGCAGAAGCUUCUGGAACAGGCUCUGAAGACGUACCCAGUCAGCACACCCGAGCGGUGGGAGAAGAUAGCUGCUGCCGUCCCAGGACGAAACAAGAAAGACUGUAUGAAGAGGUACAAGGAACUGGUGGAGAUGGUUAAAGCAAAGAAAGCUGCUCUGGAACAAGUGGCAGGCAAGAGUAAAAAAUGA